AUUCUAUAAACAGAUGAGGGAAUAACCCGGCACCUCAUUGGUUGUGAGGCCGACGGGGGAAACAUGAGGGAGUUCCAGCGCAAUGAAAUUUUAAUUAAUGUGGGUGGGCUGAGAACACCACCGACUGUUUAUGAUGGACAAUUUAUUUCCCAGUACAAAGUCAACAUAACACAGCAAACGCACAACAAUUAUUAACAUUUUCUGGGGCCCUCAUGAGGUUGUGGAGUCAGUCAGCGGAGGAAAGGAGCUCCGGGAGCAGCCUCAACUUUCACCGGGACACUCUUCUGCGUCAUGGCUCUCUACCACGGCCGCCUGUCGUCGCUCGGAGUGCCGUCCUCGGCCCUGAGCCUCUCCGGCCCCCCAUUGAUCUAUCUGUACGGUGGGGAUAGCGGAGGGGUCGUUCCAGCUGGUUUGAGCUUCGUACCGGCCCAUCAGGAGCCUCCGCAGAAGCCGCCCUACAGUUACAUUGCGCUCAUCGCCAUGGCCAUCAAGAGCGCACCGGAGCAGCGCACAACGCUCAGCGGCAUCUACCAGUUCAUCAUGGACCGGUUCCCCUUUUAUCACGACAACAAGCAAGGCUGGCAGAACUCCAUCCGCCACAACCUCUCCCUCAACGACUGCUUUAUUAAGGUGCCCAGAGAGAAGGGUCGGCCCGGUAAAGGCAGCUACUGGACGCUGGACACCAAGUGCCUGGAUAUGUUUGAGAACGGCAACUAUCGGCGGAGGAAGAGGAAGGCAAGGAGCCAGCAGGAGGUUGUGGACGCCAAGUCUGCUGGACACAAGCGCACCAAGGGCCCGGGGCACUUCAGGGACACUCAAUCCUCUCUGAAACACAGCACCGGCUCCGGGAUAACAGAGGUACCAUCGAUGCAGGAUGCAGGGAGGAUUUGGACACAGGCAGACUCAAAAGCCGUUCUUGUUGAAUUUAACCACGCCGAACACCCGCAAAGUCCCCCUCUACAGAGGCAGAAAGUGGCCACUAACCAGGAGACCGUGGCGCCCACCGGGAGGAGGUUUGACGCCCUCCAGACCGAGCCAUGUUCCGCUCCGAGACACGCUCCGUUCUGGACUGAGGGCGUGCAUCUCCUCGGCGCGUCUCUCCGCCGGGAGCCAGGGGAGAGAAGGUCCAUGCUCCGCGGAAGAGAAAGAGAGAAGGUUCCUCUCUGCGCCGUCAGAUGCGCAGGGAACACAAACUUUGCUGCACUUGCACAGGACAGAACGAAAGGAAACGUUCCGGGUAGGGAUAAAUCAAAAGGGUUUAGCAUCGAGAGUAUCCUAUCGAAAAGUGAAGACGAAACGCGCAGCAGCUUCGGCGGUCUGUCAGCAGAGACAUGCGCAGAGCGCCAGGGUCCUGCCCUCAGCUCUCCUGUGGUCCUCGGUGGUCGACCGCAUCAGUUGUACCAGAUGGGGUUUCCCUUCUGCUCUUACAUGUCACUCACCUACCCUGACAAAGUAAUACAUUUUAAAUGAGUUCAGCCAAUGUAUUUUACACACGAUCAGUACAAAUGUAAAGUCUGUAAUUAGCUUUGAUGAUGAUUUACUCUUAGACAGUUUACUGUUCUGCCUUUUUCAUCAUCUACUGCAAUGUUCACUAAAUGACCAAGAGCAGCAGGGAGGCUGUCGCUUUCACGCACGCGCAGUUGUCAGGUUUGUGGCUCUGGCUGUUUCCUAAACUGUUGCUCCUCAAAGAGCUAGAAUUCUAGUGCUCAAUUCAACAAAAAGGUCAAAGGGUAUGAGGAUGUCAUGGUCACAUUAUAAUUUAGAGAUAAUCUCUUCAGCAUUUCUCAAAGACUCUCUUGAAGUAAAUAUGUUUUCGUAAUUCACUGAUGAAUCUUGAAUGUCAUGGCUGAGCCCAUGUGACCUUUACAGUAGGCUAUAUUGGAACUCUGGGGGCAAUGUAUGAUAUGAAAAUAAAGUUUAGUAUGCAAUAAUUG